AUGAAGCUGUACUUUCUGGCUACUGUUCUUCUCUUCUGUCUUCUAGCCUUGGAGAAGUCCAGAGCAGCUCCAUUAAAGGGUCAUGGACAGGAGGUCAGCAGGAACGAGGGGAGCAAGGAAGACAGGGAGAAACAAAAUGAUGAAAAUGAUGAUGGCACACUUGCCAGUGAUGUCAAAGAAGACAAUGAAAGCAAUGACAAAGAUGAUGAUGACGCAGUUGACAAUUCUGAAGAGCUCAGGAGAAGGAGGCGCAGAGAUGUCAGAGGGGAAUCAGAUGAGAACAGCGAUGAAGAUGAAGACGCAGAUGAGGAUUCCCAUGAACGCAUAAAGAGACCACACAAGGAUGACAGCGAUGAAUCGGAUGAAAGCCAUGACAAAGACGAUGAUUCAGAAGAGCACAGGAGAAGGAGGCGCAGAGAUGUCAGAGGGGAAUCAGAUGAGAACAGCGAUGAAGACGACGACGCAGAUGAGGAUUCCCAUGAGCACAAAAGGAGACCACGCAAGGAUGACAGCGAUGAAUCCGAUGAAAGCCAUGACAAAAACGAUGACUCAGAAGAGCUCAGGAGAAGGAGGCGCAGAGAUGUCAGCGGGGAAUCAGAUGAGAACAGCGAUGAAGAUGAUGACGCAGAUGAGGAUUCCCAUGAGCACAAAAGGAGACCACACAAACACGACAGUGACAAAUCUGAUGAAAGCCAUGGGAAAGAUGACGAUAACACAGAUGACGCCUAAGGAAAGCACCCAAAGAUAGCUCGCAGGGAUGGCAUCAAUGAGUCUGACAGUUUUGAUGCAGAUGAUGGUGGUAUCACAGAGGGACACUCACGCCAUCUUGAUGAUGUACAGUAAUCCAAUCUACCGAACUCUGGUUUGUUAUGUGAAAUUAAUUACGAUACAUCCCAGGCCUGCCCAAGUUAAUUGAGGCAAUAUAUUUAAUUCAUUGAAAUAAGGAAUAGAGCAUAUAAAAAUCUUUUAAAUUAUUUUUUGGGAAGAUUCCUACAAAGGAAAAUUUCACAAAUAGUCACUAGUUUAAACUAAUCCUGAAUUUACCUUUGGCAAAUACAUAUGCAGCUAUGCUGAGUUUCAGCAAAAUCCACCUGUUCCUUUCCACCAAAGUGCAACAAAUUUGCGACACCUUAAAGACCAAUAAAUUUGUAUUUUGGGGUGGUUUUUUUGUUCUUUUUAAUUACAUGAUAUAAGGGUAUGUCUGUAUAUAAAGCUUUGUAUCCAUGCUCCUAAAACCUAAAAUGUUUUAAUAUUAUAUCAAUCUUAAUGUUGUAAGAUUAAUGAAGUCCUAUCAAUUCUUAAAUGUUUAAU